CUUGUUGGUGAUAGUGCCACAGGAAAGAGUAGUAUUAUUACACAAUUUACUGAGGAUGAGUUUAAAGAACAAAUGUCGCCAACAAUUGGUGUGGAUUUCAAGGUUAAAUUUAUGAAUGUAAAUAGGAAGAAAGUAAAAUUGACUAUAUUUGAUACUGCAGGUCAAGAGAGAUUUAGAACUCUUACAUCAAGUUAUUAUAGAAAUGCUCAUGGAAUAAUUCUUGUUUAUGAUGUUACUAGAGAGGAAACAUUUAAUAAUAUUAAGAAUUGGCUUAAGGAAUGUGAUUUAUAUUCAACAUUUGAGGAAUGUGUAAAAUUAUUGAUUGGAAACAAGAUUGAUUUGAAGGAAGAAAGAAAAGUUUCACUCCAAGACGCUCAAAACUUUGCCAAAUCCAAUAAUAUGGUCUAUAUUGAAACAUCAGCCAAAACAAAAGAAAAUGUUGAUAAGGCAUUUGAGGAAGUUGUCUAUCAAAUACUCAACACAACUAAUCUUCUCGAAAGUACUGAACCAGUCAGAAAUAAGCCAACUGAUAAUGUAAAUAUUUCAACUAGUGAACCAAACGAAAGUGAAGGAGGUAGUGGAUGUUGUUGGUAA